AUGUGGAACUGUUAUCAAGCUGUAAUAGAUAACGAACUGCGUUCAAACAAUAGCGUUGAAGGUUGGCACCAUUCGUUUAAUUGUAAAGUACGUGUUGCUCAUGAAAUUUUUAGUACAUUUGUUCGUGUGAUAAUAGAUGAGCAAGAAAUUACAGAAACAAAUGUUUCGCAAAUUGAUGCUGGAGCUGAUGUUGUCGCCAAGAGACGUAAAAUAUAUAUUGCUAAAGAAGAACGCAUAAAAGUUAUUGUUGAGCGUUACGAUGUCAAUAAUAAAAUGAAAUAUUUAAAAAGUAUUGCCUCUGUAAUACAAAUGAAGUAA